CACUUCACAAUUUUUUAAAAUUGCUUUAUAACUAAUUAAAUAUUUUGAAAAAUUCAAUUACAAUAUUUUAUGCAAACAGUGAUGAUUACAAAUCACGCUGUAUUUCGUUGAUAAAACUCGAACACAAUCCGAUCAAUAAAUGGAAGUAGACUUUAUUUUAUCAAGUAGAAUUCACUCAGUCAGCGAGUACUCGCAGUGACGCAUUAUGUUUCGGUAAUCAGAAUUUCAAUGUAGCACAAUUUCUAAUUUUUUGUCUCUAAGUUGAACUAUCAAAUUGUUUGAAUCUUUUAAUACAUUAGAGAAAUGGCAUCAAUAGAAGAAAGUUGGAAAGAAGCAAUUGAUGGUUUAGAUAGUGAUAUCUGUGAUACAUGGUUCACAAAACUCCAAGAAGCUUAUUCAGAAGAAAAACGUACUUAUCAUAAUCUAGAUUCCCUUCGUGAUAAAUUGAAUUGUUAUUAUGAAAUUAAAGAUAACUUAAAAAAUCCUCAAGCUGUGCUUCUUGCCUUAUUUUUUCAAAACUUUGAAUAUGAUCCAAAAGCAUUAGAUGGUGAAAACAAAAAUUUAGAGCAUUUUAAUACAUUUGCAGAUGAAGCUGAAAUUCCUACUGAUGCAGUAUUAAGAGAAGAAACUUGUGAACUUUUGAAAGUAGCUGCAACACAUAGUACUGAUGCACAUAAAAUUGGUGGUGCCUUUGGUGGUGAAGAUGCUCAUUACUUUUUAGAUUUGGACAUGGCUGUGUUAGGUUCUUCUCCAGAAAAUUAUGCAGAAUAUAGAGAAAAAAUACGUGGAGAAUAUUGUUUUCUUAGUGAACCAAUGUAUACUGCAUUACGUUUGAAGGUAUUGCAGAAUUUUGUGCAAAUUCCAAAUAUUUUUGCCACAAAGGAAUUUCGUGAGAAAUAUGAAGAACAAGCACGACAAAAUAUUCAAGCUGAAGUUGAAUUGUUGUCUUAGAAUAAUUAAUGAAUUUUAUGCAUGAAAAGAUGUAUCUUUGUAAAUGUUUUUGUUACUAAAUAUGUUUAUUAAUUAAAAAACAAAAAUAAGGUUUCAAAAUUGA